CACCGCCUUGUUAGCAGGCCGUCAUGCAUUGGCAGCCUAGGGACAAAACGAUAUAAUGCCAUUUCUUGGCAUUUAUGUGCAGUUAUAGUUUGCGCUCCAACGCCCUUGUCUUUAAUUCUAGCCGUUGUGCUGUGUACAGCUCACUGUUCGUGAGCAAAGAGCCUAUACCAACCCCACGAUGGCCCCACUCUCGCUCUAUUUGGAUUUCUACUCGUCCUACCUCAAGUGCUCCCUCAACUUCGUCCUCGCCCGACUGUACACACAGAACCCUCCCCAGCGCGAUCUCACCGGCCAAACCGCAAUUGUAACCGGAGCAAACAGCGGCAUUGGACUAUGCAUCGCCAUCCGACUAGCCCGACAAGGCGCAACCGUCUACCUGGCCUGCCGAAACCAAGCAAAAGGCGAUGAAGCCGUCGACUACAUAAAAUCGCAACUGGGCUCCUCGGGCAAAACUGCCAACAUCUUCUGCUGGACCCUCGACGUAAGCGACAUGUCCAGCGUCCGCACCUUCUGCUCGCGCUGGCGCACCCAAGGCACCCCCAUCGACGUCCUCGUGCACAACGCCGGCAUCCCCGACGUCACCAGCUCCCAACGCCGCUACGACGAAAAAGGCCUUGACAUGAUCUACGUAACAAAUCUCCUCGGCUCCUUCCUCAUGACCUCCCUGCUCGAACCUCUUCUCAGCCCCGCUUCACGGACUGUCUUUACGAGCAGUAUAAGCUCCUACCUCGCCCGGGACACCGUCUUGCUCCCGCGCCCGCCCCGACCAGACUACCAAAACAGCAACGCCCUCGCGCGCCUCUGGCACCGCGCCCGCGCCGCCCUGGGUCUCCGCGACAGCGCAGCCCUGGUGUACGGACAGACGAAGGCGCAUCAGAUUUUACUUGCUACCCUGCUGCAAAACCACUUCGACGCCUCCUACCCCGAGAAUAAGAGAACCGUCCAUGCCUUCUCGCCCGGCUUCACGCAAAGUCCCCUUUUCACAAAAUACGACAUGAGUUGGCGGACGCUGCUGUACGAUCCCGCGUUUUCGUUUUUGUACUACACCGAGACAGUUGUGGCGACGGAGACGGAUGAGGGGGCCAAGACGGGGGCGUGGCUUGCGGCGUGUGGCGGGGAGGAAGGGGUGGAGGGAGGGAAUUACUGGGAGUUGAUGAAGAGCGAGGUGAGUGUGAUUGAGUAUUGGAGGGGGAAGAUGGGGGAGGAGAAGUUUAAGGGGGUUGCGAGGGGAAUUUGGAAGGUGUGGGAGGAGGAUGCUGGGUGUGAGUGGGAUAUCAAGUUUUAAUGUCGUAUGAGCAAGGAUUUUUUUUUCAUGAGAUUGUAUGUAAGAAUUUGAAAAGAUAAUAUACGUAAAUAGGUUCUUUACAUUCGUC